UAAUCGUGGACGGACGUGGCGACGAAAGGCGAGAGAAGAUACUUCUAUGUAGCUUCCAGGAUGCGACGGACGCUCCUCCCCCCUGGCGCUCGGCCACUUCCGUCUUGCUAAGAUGUCGGCCGCCAUAGCUGCGCUCGCUUCGUACGGAGGCUCCGAUUCGGAGUCGGACUCUGGCUCUGAGGCUGAGGGGACGACCGGCCACUCAGCCCAGGUGGCUGUUGGAGACGCGGUGCUGCACCUUGCCUCGCUUCCUUCUACCCAGCAGGCGCUCCUGCCUGCAGUAGACUCGGCCCCUGCGGUGGCCGUGAAGGAAGAUGUGGUAACAGGAGUUCAUCUUGAUCCAGCUGCUAAGGAAGUUCAGUAUAAUCCAACAUACGAAACAAUGUUCGCACCUGAGUUUGGGCCAGUGAAUCCUUUUAGAACUCAGCAGAUGGCUGCACCUAGGAAUAUGCUUUCUGGAUAUACAGAACCAGCACACAUUAAUGAUUUCAUGUUUGAACAACAAAGAAGAACAUUUGCAACUUAUGGAUAUGCUUUGGAUCCCUCAGUAGACAAUUAUGAUGUUUCUACUAAAUAUAUUGGAUCUGUUGAGGAAGCUGAGAAGAAUCAAGGUCUAACAGUGUUUGAAACAGGACAGAAGAAAACAGAGAAAAGGAAAAAAUUCAAAGAGAAUGAUGCAUCUAAUAUUGAUGGUUUCUUGGGACCAUGGGCAAAAUACAUUGAUGAAAAGGAUGUUGCCAAACCUUCAGAAGAAGAACAAAGGGAACUAGACGAAAUAACAGCAAAGAGGCAGAAGAAAGGCAAGCAUGAAGAUGAUAAGCCUGGAGAAGAAAAGACUAUUUUGCAUGUCAAAGAGAUGUAUGACUACCAAGGGAGAUCCUACCUUCACGUCCCUCAGGAUGUUGGAGUUAACCUGCGUUCAGCUGUACCCCCUGAGAAAUGUUACCUUCCUAAGAAACAGAUCCAUGUAUGGUCGGGGCAUACAAAGGGUGUCAGUGCUGUCAGGCUGUUUCCUCUUUCUGGCCACCUGUUGCUGUCUUGUUCAAUGGACUGCAAAAUUAAGCUCUGGGAAGUAUAUGGUGAACGAAGAUGCUUACGGACAUUCAUCGGACACAGUAAAGCUGUUCGAGAUAUAUGCUUCAACAAUGCUGGAAGCCAGUUUCUUAGUGCUGCAUAUGAUCGGUAUCUUAAGCUCUGGGAUACUGAAACAGGACAGUGUAUUUCAAGGUUCACCAACAGAAAGGUUCCUUAUUGUGUCAAAUUCAAUCCUGAUGAAGAUAAACAAAACCUUUUUGUUGCAGGAAUGUCAGAUAAGAAAAUUGUUCAGUGGGAUAUUCGAAGUGGAGAAAUAGUACAGGAGUACGAUAGGCAUUUGGGUGCUGUCAACACCAUUGUGUUUGUGGAUGAGAACAGACGAUUUGUCAGUACAUCUGAUGACAAGAGUUUAAGAGUCUGGGAAUGGGACAUUCCAGUCGAUUUCAAGUACAUAGCAGAACCAAGUAUGCACUCCAUGCCAGCAGUGACUUUGUCUCCAAAUGGAAAAUGGCUGGCUUGUCAAUCCAUGGACAAUCAGAUUUUGAUUUUUGGUGCUCAGAACAGAUUCAGACUAAAUAAAAAGAAAAUUUUCAAGGGUCAUAUGGUGGCAGGCUAUGCCUGCCAAGUUGAUUUUUCACCUGACAUGAGCUAUGUGAUAUCAGGAGAUGCAGAUGGAAAACUCAACAUCUGGGACUGGAAGACAACAAAACUCUACAGUAGGUUAAAAGCUCACGACAAAGUCUGCAUUGGCGCAGUGUGGCAUCCACAUGAAACAUCAAAGGUGAUCACUUGUGGGUGGGAUGGUCUCAUUAAACUAUGGGACUGAGAGCUCUGCACUAAACUGUCUGCAUAUCAUCUUGAAAAUGCUCCAACCAAGACUCAACGUGAAAGGUUUCUCUAGUGAGGAUUAUCUCCUGUAAGAAUCUGAAAAUGGCCACAUGAAAUGGACUGAAGUGGUAGUUUUGGGAUAAUGUCUAGCUAUGAAAGCAAUUAAACUAGGAUGCUUCUCUGUGAUUGUUUAAAGAAGCUGAAAUAAAACAGCAGGCUUGGCCCUGUUUGUUAAGUGCACGAUUUGUAAGAGUGCAGUUUUUCAUGUCAGCGUUACAUAGUAAAGUGUACCUAUUUAUAAAUACUACUUGGCAGUAUUCUUCAAUUUCCAAUUACAUAAGGUGUCACUGAAAUUAUGUUAUAUAUAAUAGAAAUCUGUUACUCAAAAUUGUUGCUGUAUUUAAUAGAAAUUAUUAGUUGCAUGCACAAAGAAACACUUACCUUGAGCAGUUUCAGUUUCAUGUCCUCAAUUCAGUUUCUGCACAUGGGAAAAUUUCCCCCUAGAUCUAACAUCCUUGGCGGGGGGGGAGGGGGGCAGAGAGCGGGCAUUAUCCAACAAAUCAUAGGUACAGGGCAUCUACCUGCUGUAGUGCCCAUGAAGUCCCUUCCCAGCUUUCUUAUUUUGGAAUGGGGAGAACUCCACCUAAGACAUUCUUCCCUACCAUUAUGGUGCACAAAAAGAUUCCUGUGCACAGGAGUAUUGGGGUAUUUUGCAGGGAGGGGUGCCUAUUUCAAAAUCUGCUUGUCAAUUUCUUUGAUGAUAUAGGGUUCCGUUUUAUAACUAUUCUUAGUCAUCUAUUUGCUUUUUAUAAUAAAGAAAUCCAAAGAACAUUGUGUAUAACCCUCUUAACAAAUAAACUUAACAAACAAAUACUGUUUCAUUGUAAACUCCAUGCCCCAUUCACCCUGCAGGAUUUGUGUAGAAGCAAAUGAAUUGCAGCUUUUUAUAAAUGUACCUCAAAGAAGAUGUAAUUGGAAGCAGCAACAGCAGCUUUAUCACUUGUCCACCUACAUCUUGUAAAUAAAUGGGCACUUUAAUAUCUAUUUUUAUUUUAUAGAAAUGUUUUGUGUGCUGAAAUACUGUAUAUAUGUCUCCAUAUUUUUUACAGAAGUUAUUUUUAAUAAAUGUAUUUUAUGAAAAUACAUACUUUAAUUUAACACAG